AUGGGUUUAGAAAAGAGAGUAAUUCUCUUAAAAGUUGGUAGUAAUAGGAAACCAAAUCUUGGCUUUCCAGAGAACCAUGGAGUGAUCUGGUUGAAAGAUCCAGCAGGGGCCUCUGGAAACAUAUCCUUACCAACUCCAGAGGAGUUUGCCAUUAAGAAAGCCCAUAUGCGAGUAGAUCACCUGAGCCCACAGUCUUAUGAAAAGACUCAGAUCACUGCCCUUUCUGACCCUGAUAGCUCAAUCUUAAAUCAGCUACAGACAUUUAUAAUCUUCCAGAGAUCUACGGAUAAUUCUUAUGAAGCUGGCCUGAUACAGAAUGAUUUCUCAAGUAAGGGCAAAACUCUUGAAGCAGAAAUUAUAGUUGAAGGAGUCUUUCUAUUUCUUACAGAAGGCAAUGGGAGUAGAAAAUUUCUUAAGAAUUUGGAAUUCAUAGUCAAAGAGACUAUCACUGACAGUUUGGAUAAUUUGGUGGAAAGAGAUAUGCUGAACUGGACCGAAGAGGAAAAGAAAAAAUACUAUGAUGCCAGACGUAAAGAUAAGCGUAGGGUCUUUCUGGACUCUUUUCGACACAAAGAAAAAGCGAUAGGUCAAGCGCUUCUCGGAGCCAUUGUUAAGACAGACCAAGCUCCAACGGGAAUAGGAGAUCCCCUGGAAAUCCAGGCUGAAGGAGUUGAGCCAACGGAAUCUACAGAUACCCUCAAGCAUUGUCCUGGUGAAGAUUUCCUGAGACUGUGUAGAGAAAAUGCUGGAAAGAUCUAUCCGAUAAAGAAGAAAAAUGAAAAACGCAGUCGCCAGGCUCUCAUCAUAUGCAAUAUAGAGUUUGUCCAUCUUCCUCAGAGGAAUGGUGCUGAAUUUGACAUCACAGGGAUGGAGGAGCUGCUUCAAGGCCUGGACUAUACUGUGGAUGUAAAAAGGAACCUCACAGCCGAGGACAUGGAGACAGAGCUGUGGAAUUUUGCAGCCAAACCAGAGCAUGAGACCUCAGACAGCACAUUCUUGGUGCUCAUGUCUCAUGGCAUCUUGGAUGGAAUCUGUGGAACAAUGCACAGUAAAGAGAAAUCGGAUGUGCUACCUUAUGACACCAUCUUUGAGAUAUUCAACAACCGCAACUGCCGUAAUCUAAUGAACAAACCCAAGGUCAUCAUUGUCCAGGCCUGCAGAGGUGAUAACCCAGGGGAUGUGGUUGUCAGAGUUCGUUCAGCGAUUCCGGCAGUCAGCUAUCCACAGUCAUGCAGGAACCUGGAGAUGGAUGCAGUUUGCAAGACCCACGUGGAGAAGGACUUCAUUGAAUUCUGUUCCUCAACCCCACACAACGUGUCCUGGAGAGACACCGAAGAGGGCUCCAUCUUCAUCACAGAGCUCAUAACAUGCUUCCGGAAAUAUUCUUGGUGCUGUCAUAUAGUUGAAUUAUUUCAGAGGGUCCAGCUUUCAUUUGAUAAACCACGUGAUAUAAUCCAGAUGCCCACCAUUGAACGAAUGUCCAUGACAAAAUGUUUCUACCUCUUUCCUGGUAUCUAAAAACACAGGAUCCCGCAGGCAGCCCAGCCCUUCUUUAUCAACUUCAAAGAGCACCUUCAUCCAAACGGCAUGCAUAUUUGUAUUUCAAUAAAAAUGAAGACCAAAAAAAACUGUGUCUUUUUAGAAGCUCUAAUAA